UUUAAUGGGUUUAUAAUUUUUCGGUGAAUCAAAGAAACUCUGGACGACCCAGGAUCUCGAUUCUUUUCAUCAUGGAGAAGCCAAAGUUCAAGACUGUCCAAGAAGUCAUCGCCGGCGGCGAAGGAUUGCCGGAGAGAUAUCUGCAUAAACCCACCGGAGACGGCGAGCCUCUCGACGCAUCGGUGCCGGAGAUGGAUAUCCCGGCGAUCGAUCUCAGCCUCCUCCUCUCUUCUUCCCAUGAAGAGUUGACUAAACUUCGCUCAUCUCUCUCCACUUGGGGCGUUGUUCAGUUGAUGAAUCAUGGAAUGACGGAAGAGCUCCUGGACAAAGUACGAGAACUCUCCAGGCUGUUCUUCGGGCUACCAAACGAAGAGAAGCACAAGUAUGCGAGAGAAACGGGUAGUACCGAAGGGUAUGGAAACGACAUGAUAUUGUUCGAGGAUCAAGUGCUCGAUUGGAACGACCGCUUGUUUCUCACUACUCACCCCGAAGGUCAGCGCAAGCUCGAAUUCUGGCCCGAAACCCCCGUCGGAUUCAGGGAAACUGUGCAUGAACUCACCAAGAAGCAACGACGAUUGUCUGAACAACUCCUCAUGGCCAUGGCAAGAUCGUUGGAGCUGGACGAGAGCCGCUUUCUGCAGAUGCAGGGCGAUAACUCCACGUUCUAUACCAGAUUCACCUUCUAUCCUCCGUGCCCUAAACCCGACAAAGUUCUCGGAGUCAAGCCACACGCCGACGGAUAUACAAUCACGAUUCUCUUACAAGACAAAGAAGUUGAAAGCCUUCAGUUCCUCAAAGAUGGGAAGUGGUACAGACCUCCAGUUGUCCCUGCAACCAUUCUGGUCGUCCUCGGUGACCAAAUCGAGAUAAUGAGCAAUGGAAUAUACAAGAGCCCGGUGCAUAGAGUGGUGACGAACAUGGAGAAAGAACGGGUGUCCGUGGCAACGUUUUGGAACCCGGAUAGAGAAAGAGACAUACAACCUGUGGAGGAGCUGGUGACGGAGACAAGACCGAAGUUGUAUAAGACAGUGAACAAGUACCUUGACAUAUACCACGAGUCCUAUCAACGUGGACGAAGACCUAUCGAAUCUGCAAUAAUUGAAUGAAAGAAAGAAAAAGUUUCGAUCGAUGAAUAAUUAAUGCAACCGUGUUUGAAAGAUUUUAAUUUUUAGGGAUUGAUUCAAUUUCGGUAGAUGGAUGGUCCUUUCGGUUUGGAUUUUUUUGGAUUUAGAAAAAUCAUAACAGUUAAAUUUUAAUAUCAGAUUUAGUUUGAUUACA